AGAAGAAGGACUCACCCCAGCAUGCAUCACCUCCUCCUACUGCUUUCUCUGGUUUGCAUCUUCAGCACGGAGCCAGCCUGGGGGCAGAACCCCCCAUCAGCAGAGAACUGUGUCAGCCUUCCAGACACCUUGCCCACCAUGCUCAGAGAGCUGCGAUCUACCUUCAAGGAGGUGAAAAACUACUUUCAGAAGAAAGAUGACAGAUUGGACACGAUCUUGCUCAAGGCCGAUCUGCUGGAAGAUUUUAAGAGCUACCUGGGCUGCCAGGCCCUGUCGGAUAUGAUCCGGUUUUAUCUGGAGGAGGUGAUGCCCAGGGCGGAGAAGACCGAAGAAAUCAAACGGCACGUGGGCUCCCUGGGAAAAAAGCUCCAGAGCCUGCAGCACCAACUAAAGCGCUGUCACAGAUUUUUGCCCUGUGAGAAGAAGAGCAAAGCCAUUGAAGAGAUCAAAAAAACCUAUGACCAGCUCAAAGACCAAGGCAUGUACAAGGCUAUGGGUGAAUUUGACAUUUUUAUCAACUACAUGGAAACCUACCUGAUGCUGAAAAUACAAAAGUGAGACCACUGGAAGACAUCCCUAGAAGACAGAAAAUCUCAGAAGAACUCCAGAACAAAAGCUCAACCAG